AAAAGAGAUCUUAAUAUUAAUAUCAAUAUAAUAAAGGUGGUAAAAGAUGAAUAUAGAUGAGAAAGAAAAACUGGAGAAAAUUAAGUUUCAAUUGUUAUCAGAGCUUGAUAAACAUACAUAUUCAAAUGAAUCUCAUCGUUUUAUUAAAAAUGAUGUUAUUGAUCUGAUUGAACAAGUGAAAACGGGGCGAUAUAAGGCAAUACAGAAUGCAAGACGAUGGCAAGAAGAAUAUAUUAUAACAAAAGAACUUAUGGGGUACUUUUUUAAGUAUUUAGUGGCAUUUUCAACAACAUUGACAACAUUUUCUCAACGUUUAUAUAUUUUAUAUCUUAUUAAUGAUAUAUUGAGUCAUUCUUCUAAGAAUAAUAACAUAGAUGUUUCUCUGGAGAUAAAACCAUCACUUUUGGCACUUCUUCGUUUGGGAUAUUAUGCACCAGAUGCAGAAAAAGACAAGAUAGAAGAUCUUUUAAAUCUUUGGAGUGAGAAAAAGUAUUUUACAGAGAUUACAAUGAAAGCUAUCCGUGCAGGAUUAAUGGUUCCGUUAGUUCAAACAUCUUCAAAACCAAAUUUUUCUAAUACAUCUAAAAAUCAUGAUUAUAUUAAACCUUUUCAACAUGGAAGACAAGGUGCAUCAUAUUGGGAAUUACCAGCAGCAUGUAUGAUUCCUCUUUUACCAGAUGCCAAAGUCAUAAAAGAGUCUAUACAGUCGUAUAUAAGUAUACCUCCACAUUUAUGUCAACCAAUUACAUUAUCAAAUCAUACUUCUCCAAAAUUAUUAGAAGCACUUAAUACUUUUUACAAAGAAGAAAGCAUGAAUCUAUGGAGUUUUAAGGAAAAUUCUGAUACAGAAGAUGAGGAUAUUGAUUAUGAAGGUUGGUCUAAAAAAUUUUGGGAGAAAAGAAAAGAGAAAGAAAAGACAUCAAUUCAUUGCGAACAAGAAUAUGAGACAAAUCGUUCGGAUUUGUCCUCUUCUAGAUCGAGUAGAUCAAAGGAAAGAUCGGGAUCUAACUCAUCUUCGUCAUAUCUAUCUCCAUCUCGUUCAAAAACUCUUUCGAGAUCACAUUCAAGAUCACCAUCACCAUCACCAUCACCACCAUCUCAAAAAAAUACCAAUUUAUCAAAUUUUCAGGAUAUACAAAAAGAAGACUAUGAGGAAAAACAAUACGAUGGCAAAAUAUAUCCUGUUUCAACGGAAAUAUCAAAUGUUCCAUCACAACUAUCUUCAACAGCACCUCUUUCGGAAAAUUCUCAAACAGCAGACAAUUCUAAAAGUCAAAGAACCAAGGAAAUUGCUAUUAAAAGGGGAUGGAAAGUAAGAUAAGCCAAAAUACUAUCUUAUUUAAUACAUUCUCUCUUACAAAACAUAU